GUCGCCUGUGAUCCUUUGCCAUCGUGUUUUGCCAUAUCAAUCGUCUGAUCUCACCUCAGCACAAACACCUCAACCCCAGGUGGACUGUCACGUACCGCUCCCCACCCCGCACGACCAUCUGAGAGAGCCACUCCUCAGACUUCCACGAUGCCUGGCACCCCACGACGAUCUACCCCUUCGCGCCGGGCGCGCUCCAGCUCGGUAGCAUCCAACGCGUCCGUAUCUUCCACGCGAGCUCGCAAGUCCAAGAAGUCAGACGCCGACAGACCCGCGUUGCCCACGGAGAGGAACCCCAAGCUGCCCGGAGAGCCGGUACAAGUCAAGUUGCAGACCAUCAGGAGGGAACAACAGGACAUCAUCAUUGGUCGAGUCAAGCUAGACACUGUCAACGGAAGCGACCAUGGCUUCCUCCUCAAGCGCUUCGACACCAACGCCAUUGCAGCAUCUUCCAUGUUCCGCCUAGCCUUCCCAUACGCAGAUGGAGAGGCAGAGCGAGUGGAAAUGGCCUACCUCGACCGACGCUUUGACACCGACCGAGCUAACGGCGGUCUCGUCGCCGCGAAGCCAAAGAGGGGACGCCCCAAGAAGGCAAAGGAGGGAGAAGAGGAGACUGCUACCCCACCUGGCAAGGUGUUGCCCGAGGGCAGCACGGGCGUACGACUUCAAGGUACCUGGCUGCCAUGCGAAGAUGCUCUGCCCAUCGCCGAGGAGUAUGGUCUCACCCUUUACGCCAAGCCCCUCAUCGAGUCGCAAGCCAUCAUGGUUGGUGAAUCGAUUCAGCUUGUAGACCCCAAUGCCCCUGCUGCCGUCGCGGCCACUCCCUCUGCCCCAGCCGAGACCAAGACUCCAGGUACCCCAGGCAGCACUCGAAAGCGUGCACGCACUACAAAGGCCGCUGCUGCUGAGGAGAGUGGAGCCGAAGAGACUGCCACCUCUACCCCUGGCAAGGCUUCCCGCACUCGCACGAAGCGCGCUGUCAAGGCCGAUGGAACAGAGGAGACUACUGUCACCAAGACGACCACUACCAUCGAGCCUGCUGUUGGCAUGACACAGGAUGAGAUCGAUGAGCAGAUCAAGAAGAGCAGGGAGCUGGCCAAGGAAGUCCAGUCGACAAAGGCAUCGCCAAAUGCCGCUGCCGCAAAGUCUCGUAAGCGGCGUGCGUCGAACCAGCGUCCGACUGCCGAUCUGGACCCACUGGAGGAUGACUCCAGUGUCAACUUUGUCUCGCGAUCCAUUCGCAGAGGCACAAGGGUGGCUCGAAGGAGGCCGAUCGCCACGAGCGCUGGUGCUCUCAGUGUGGCUGCAGCCGCUGGAGUGGGUGCUCUGGCCUGGUUCACUGGCGGACAAGUGGAUGUGGCACAGCAACUGCUACAGCAGGGUCUCAGUGCUAUGCAAGGCUUCUUCUUCUGAGUGCUCAUAGCCGAACCGCGAGGGCCGGAAGAUGUAGCAGUCCUUCCUUCUGCCAAUGUCUCUGGACGCUUCCUUGCUCUUGCGACAGCACCCUGGUCUCUGGAGAAGAUUUGUCCAUACCCACAGAGAAGCUUCCAUGAUAGGAUCCUCUCUACUCUGCUUUGUUGGCUGGAGGCCAUUUCGGCUUCCCUCCUUUGAUGUUAUCGUCAAGCAUCGUCACUCUCUUCUCUCCUUUGCCCCC